AUGUUGACAUCAUAAAAUCUUAAAUUAUAUAAGCCUUGCAAGAAAUUAUAUGAGAAUAUCUAGAUUGAUUUUAGCUCUAAAUCACUUUUUUUUAAUAUAAAAAUAAAAUUAAAUGUAAAUGAUUUUUUCAUAUCCACGUUCGCUAUCAAUCAAAAUAAUUAGAAAUAAUCAUAAAUUUUCACAUUCAUGAUACGAAAAUGUUGUAUUCUUUAUGUCUUUCUAAUUUAUCUGAUAAAUAAUAUCAAUGAAAACUUAAACAAUAUUAGAAAAAGUCUUUUUAAUUCAAUUAAUAAAAACAUUUUAAAUUUAGAGGACUGCAAAAAAUAUAUGGAAAAUUCUCAUAGCACUAGAAAAUAACUGAAACUGCAAUUAUUUGAAAAUCUAUUGUUUAUCCAUUAGUUUUAUCAGGUACCAAAAUAUUUACAAUAUCUCCUAUUUUCACUCGGUACUUAUUAAUACAUUACCUACUUAUAAUUACCCUAAUUUAAAGACAAAUAAAAGCUGUUGUAUUAAUAAUUUAAUUACUAAUAUUUUAUUACCUAUCUCUCAAGAUUUGAUAUUGCAUUUUGUGCUUAAUUUGAUUUACAUGAGUCGCAAUAUUUAUUAAGUUUAAGUUUAUUAUUAGUAUUCAUAAUUUUCCCAUUUAUAAUAGUGACUUUUAUAAAAAAGAAACAAGUAUUUUACUAGAGCUCUUUAUUACAUACAUUAAUAAACAUUUCAUCUUUAAUUACAUAAAUAUUUUAACAAUAUUUAUAUAUACCUUUAACAAUCCUUAUAGUGAAUAGUAUUAGUCAUGUUACACUUAAUAAAGAAUUAUCGGAUUAAAUUCUUCAGGUAUUUUUUGCUAUUUUAACAUUUAUUUUAAUUGUUUGUUAACAGAUAAUUUUAUAGGUAAUUUGCCUUAAAAGUUUUGACUUUAAAUUGACUUCAUUUACAUAAAUUUAUGUUUCAUUUUUAGAUUAUGUACUUUAAUUACUGUAUAUAAUUUAAUUUAUUAGUUACUCCUUAAUAUACAAUAUUAAAAAUGGCUUGAUAAUUUAAUCUAUCUUAGUAAUUUUAAUUUCCUCUAUAAAAAUCUUGAGAGUUUUUGAAUUACACACUUGCAAGUCAUUUGAGUAAAAUAUUAUCCUCUUAUUUUCUUGUUUUGGAUUUUUAUUAGGAUUUAAUACAUUGAUUCUUUACCUUUUAGAUGACUAUGAAAUUUUUGUUAAUGUUCUGACAUUAAUUUUAUUUUUAUUGUUCUAUUAGAUUAUAGAUCAAGAAUUCAAAUCCUUUGAAAUGAAUCAACUUAUAAAAUAUAUCAAAAUUAGUAAGAGAUCAUUUUUAAAAUAUUUAUUUGGGAAAAUGAUAAAUUAAUAACUGAAUAAGACUUAAUAAUAUCUAAUAAAUGCUUUAAUUUAUUAACAUUAUGGAUAUAUGAAAUAUAAUGAAGGAAAUACGUAUGAAAAUUUAUUUGAAACUUUAAAUUCUGAAGUUGAGUUAAAGUUUUAUAAUAAAUAAUUGUCAAUUUUAAGUAAAUUAAUUUAGAAUGAUAAGAAUUUUGAUAUUCAAUAUGUGUCUAUCCUUUUUUAAUUAAAAUUCUAUAAUUUGGCAUAUAAAUAAAUUAUGAUUGCUAAUAGUUAAAAUUAAACUAAAAAGUUAAACUAGAGUUCAGAUUUUUAUUAAAAGGAGAGUGAAUUGUCAAGAUUAUAAACAUUUAACAAUUAGGCAAAAGAAUCUAAUAGAUCUAUGAGUAAAUCAGGUAAAUCAAAUUCGGAAGAUUUAAAUAAUAUUAUUUAAAAGAAAGUAUUAAAAAAGAAUAAACUUUUAAUAUCUAUUAAAGAGAAAAUUCCAAUGAUAACUCAAGCUCAAAUGAAUUUCUUAAAAUAAUUGAUUCGUUCGGAUAUUAAAUCUUAACUUUAAAUGAUUAAUAACAAAAAAUAUAAAUUUAUAGAAAUAUAACUAGGAGUUGAAAUGUUUUUGAAAAAUGAGAAAAGAAAUAACAAUUUAAGAUAAGCAAUACUUCAAUUAUUGUAAGAAAAGAUUGUAUUUUACUCUUAAUUUGUAAAUAAAAAGAUAUUAAAUCAUCAAAAGUUAUUUGAUUCUGCUAAAAAAUUAAGUGGUUCAAUGUAUAAUAUUGAAUAAAAAUUAAAUAAAAGAUAUGAUUAAUAUCCAAGUCAUAAAAUAUAAUCUACAUUAAUUUAUUUCUAGGCAGAACUAUAAAACAAUUUUAUAGAAGCUUACAGAAUAAAGAACUUAACAUCAAUAUCUGAAUAAUAACUAAUUGAUAUUGAAUAAAAUCUUUAAGUAUCUUUAUUCUCUAAGGAUGUUAUAUAUAUUAAUGCAGCUUAAUUGGAAGAUUAAGGAGAGUUAUUAGUUUUAAAUUGUUCUGAAAAUACAUAAAAAUUUUUUGAAUUUAGUAAUGAACAAUAAAAAUAAUUUACAUCUAUUAGUUGUAUAUUACCAGAUUUUAUAGUUAAUGAGCAUAAUAUAUUAGUAAAUAAUUUUAUUUAAACAGGAUAAGCUAAAUUUUAUUUAUCUUAUUCUCCCUCAUUUUAUAAAUCAACUAAUAAUUUUAUUAAAUGUUGUGAUUUAUUAUUUGAUAUGCAUUUUGAUGAAUAUUAUUUAUUCAGAUAUUCUAUUUUUUUAUAGAAUACUUCCACUACUUAAUCUUAUAUAUUUGUUGAUGUCAAUGAAUAAUUAGGUGGAUUCACAGAAACUGUUUUUGAAAAAUUAAAAUAUACAAGUACAUUCAUAAAUGAAAUAAGCGAUUUUAAUUUUAAAAUAUUAAAUAUUGAACUCAUAUUCCCUGAAUUCUCAACUAUUAUUAAGCAACGCAAAAAUAAUAUUAAAACUGAAUUAAGAUUUUUAAAAUAGGAUGUAUUUUUUUAAUAUUUACAGUAAACUGAUCAUAAAUUUACCAUAUUGGGCCUUUGGAAUGAUAGUAAAAAUCUUAAUUCAUUCCAGGUUGAUCUUAACAUACAAUUUUAAAAUAUAUGGGACUUUAAUUAUUAUAUAAUUGAAUUAAGAGAUUGUAAACCUUAUUAUUAAGAAAAUAUGAUAUCUUUAUAAAUUACUAGAUCAUAAAAUGAUAUAGAGAAUAUGUUUUAAUUGAGUUAACUUACAGAAUCUGAAGCAUAAGCUCUUGAUGCAAAAGAAUUUAAAAAAAAAUCAAAUAAAUUCAAUUUAAUAGAUUAAAUAUAAUAAGAGGAAAUAAUUUUAUCAUCUAAAAUACCUGCAGUUUAUAUUUAACAUAUUCCUUAAUCAGAUUUUGAACCAAAUAUCUUAAGUCCUAAUUCUAGUUAAAUUGGGCUAAACGAGAUAUCUUACUCAAAAUAACCUUAAUUAUAAUAAUAAGAUUAUUUUAAUUAAAGUGUACGUGAUAAUUCAUACAGUAUGCAAAAAUCAAUUCAGUAAAUAUAACAUCAAAACAUUCUUCCUAUUGAAUAAAAAGAAGAUUUUUAUGAAUAAUAAUUUAAGAAAAAUACAUCUCUCACAUCAAAAUAAACUGGAAUUUAGAGAUCAAUUUUUUAUAAAAAAUAUGAAUUAAUUCAUGAUUCAUUAUUUUAAUAAGUACCAGCAUCAAUGAAUAAAUUAUUGUUUCUUAUUCUUACUAGUUUAUUGAUCAGUCUUAUAUUUUAUAUUAUUGUACUUGCUUUAGUUUCAUAAGAUUUAACUAGAUUUAUAGCUGAAAUAGAUAUGAUACAAUUGCAUUCAGGUGUCAUGGUACCUCAUGAUUUUUAUUUUCAAAUGAGAUUUACAAUAUUUACUUAUACAGGAUUCUUAAAUAAAAAAAUAAUCACAAAAGACAGAUUCAAUAAUUUAACUGAUCUUUUGUAUAAUAAUAUGCAUAUUGGUUAUUAUGAAUUUAAGAAUGGAUUCACUGAAUAAUUAAAUAAUUAAUAUCUUUAACCUUUUUAUAAUGAUAAGAAUGUAACUGUAUACUACAUGUAUGAGUUUGGUUUAAAUACUUACCCAGUGACUUAUAAUGUCAGAGAAGUGUUCUUCACAUUUCUAACUUAUUACUAUGAAUUUCUUUUAAGAUUUUAAGCAAGGUUAAGUCCAGCAAAUUAGACUUAUUAAGUAUUUUAAUUUGCAAAUGCUUUUAAACUACAUAAUCUUCUUGAGAUUUUAGCUUAAGAAGCAUGGGAUUAUUCGAAAUAAAGAAGCAUUGUAAUAAAAGAUAAAUGGAAUGAAAUUUGGAUGAUUUUUUUAAUUUUUAGUUUUCUACCUAUUGCUCUAGCUAUUUAUUAUGCAAAACUUUAUAGAUAACUUUAAGAUAAAUAUUUGAAUUUAUUUAGAUACUUUUCAAAUAUCAAAGUUUAAAGGGAGAUAGAUAAAACAAAGAAUUUAAUUAAAUAAUUAAAAUAGAAUCCUGACCGUCUUUAUCAUUAUAAGUUUGAAGUAGAAUAAUUUGAAGAGUAAAUAGUAUAUGAAAAGGGAAUAAUCGAAAAAGAAUAACAAAAGUAUAAGGAAUCAAAAUACUUACCCUAAUUUAAACAAUUACCUAUUACCUUUUCAGUUAUCAUUCUUCUAGGAGUUUGGAUAUUAUUUUUUUUAUUCAGUUUUUUUAGUAAUUAACAAGUCUAAUAAUAUUUGGACAAAUACCCUAAUUCGUGUGAUCUUUAUAAAUUUUUGUAAAACAUGUCAUUAUCUACAGGAUCACUACCCAGGAAUAAAGAAUUUAAAUUAGCUUUUCCAACAUUUCCAUAUAUAAGAGAUGAGGAUGGUGUUUUAUUUUAUGAAACCAUAAAAGAUAGUUUAAAUGAUAUUUAAGAGUUUCUUAAAUUGUGUUUAAAUUUUAAUCCUGAUUUAUAUUAUUCAUCAGAGGGAUUUUCAGAAUAUUUUAAUAAUGUGCAGUCAUAAAAUGUAUGUGAUAUUUUAGGAGAUGAAUAAGUUGGGUUCUUGAGUUAUUAUUGUAAUGUUUCUUUUAAUGGAAAUUUAAAAUUAGGGUUGUUGCCAACAAUCAAAUAUAUAUUUAAUGAGAUUUAACAAGAACAAUCAAUUAACAAUUUUACAUAAAGAGUUGAAUAUACAUUUUUAGAAAUGGAGGGAGGAUUAAUUGUAAUGAGGGCAUUUUAACAUAUGAGUAAGGUUUUCAAGAAUGGAAUGGUGACGAUAACUUAAGAAUAAAUCAAUAUUUCAAAUGUAAAAUAUUUCAAUUUAAUAUAGGCACUAUCAGUAUGUUACAUUAUCUUGAAUAUCUUACUAAUCAUAUAUUUUUCUGUAAUAUUACCAUUGGUAAUGAUAAAGGAACUGAUUUAAGUGAGAAGAUUUGUACUAAUUGUUCCAAGAACUGUGUUAUUACUAGAUGAUCAAUUUGAACGUCAUGCUAGAAUGAUUGGAGUAAAUGAAAAAUACUGAA